UGGCAGGCCAGGGGACGAGCGGGGCUGUGCUCGCCCAGGAGCUCGGGCAGGUUUCCGGGGCAGGCAGGGAGCCGAGCCCUGCCCAGCUGCAGAACUCCCAGUUUUCCAGCCUGUCCCCUCAGUGCCGAGGCCGUGCAGGACGGGCGGGGACAGGGCUCCGCUCCUCGGCAGGCAGCAGCAGCCCGGGCCCGGCUCCAGCCCAGCCGGCCCGGCUCUGCUCGGGAUCGGAGCUUCCCCCGGGCUGAGAACUUCGCAGGCUCCCCCUCCUUUUCCUUCCCUACAGGAUUUCUGCUCCAAACGCCCCGGGUUUCCUGUUCCCAGCUGGGCAAGGGGAGGGACUCCCGGCCUUGGGGCCUCAGGAGGAGGAGGAGGAGGAGGAGGAGGAGGAGGAUGGGUCCGUCCCCCCAGCGCUUGCCAGGCUCCAUGUCCUGCUCAGCACCAUCCUCACCCCGUGGGAAUGAAGCAGCAAACUGGGCUGCCAAGCCAGGAAGGGGGGAUUUAAUCUCUGGGGCAGAUGAAGAGGCUCUGAAGAGACUGAAGAGGCUCUGAAGAGAUUCCUGUUUGCUGUCGAGUGUCCCGGGGAGGAUUUGCCAGCAUGCAAGGCGCAGGAGAAGGGAAGGAGGAUGAAGAGCUGGAGGCUCCGGAGGCUCCAUCCCCUGGGAAGAGCCGAGGCUCAGGAGCAGCAGGCAGAGGGUGGGCGUGGGAAGUGGUGUUUCACUUCUUCCUGGUCAAUGUGCUGGUGAUGGGGAUGCUCAAGACCUUUGGCAUUUUCUUCGUGGCUUUCCGAGAUGAGAUGGGGGGAUCUUCAGAGCAGCUCAGCUGGAUCGGCUCCAUCAUGUCCUCCCUGCGCUUCCUGGGAGCCCCGCUGGUGGCCGUGGUGUGCCGGCGCCUGGGAGAGCGGCCGACCUCCAUCCUCGGGGCCGGGCUGGUGGCCGGGGGCUGCCUGCUCAGCACUCAGGCCACCAGUGUCCCCUUCCUCUGCUUCUCCAUGGGCUUCCUGCUGGGGAUGGGCUUUGCCUGCCUGUACCAGGCGGCCGCGGUGAUGACGGCCAAGCGCUGCCGGGCUCGCCUGGCCUUCUGCAACGCCCUGGCCCGCUCCGGCAUGGGGCUGACCUUCCUCAUGGCUCCCUUCACCCAGCUCCUCAUCGAGGCCUACGGCUGGCAAGGUACUCUGCUGAUUUUUGGAGGCAUCAUGCUGAACCUGGUGCCUUCCAGCAUGCUGCUGUGGCCUGCCAGCCCCCAGCUGCCUCGGGAACCUGCCGAAAACCAGCACCGGGGGUCUUCAGGGGCAAAGAAAGAUCCAGAAACUCCUGGUGGAUGUUUAGAUGGAAGCACUCAGAGGGAAUUACAGCUUCUCCACGCACAGGAGGCUCCCACCACAGAGAAACUCGUGAUGUCUCAUGGCAGAGAUGUCUCUGACCCAGCAAAUCCAUCUGCCUCGGGAAGGCAGCAGAAACCCAGCCCGGAGAGCUCCUCCUCAGAAUCCCCCAGCGAGCCCCAGAGCCACCAGCCCCCUGCAGCCACCAAAAAGGAACCUUCUCAGCCUCUCCUGGACUUCUCCCCGCUGAAGGAUCCCGUUUUCUUCAUCUUCACCUGGUCUUUCCUGUUCAGCCACUUGGCCUAUUUCGUGCCCUUCUUCCACCUGGUGGCCAGAGCCAGGACGCUGGGCAUGAGCAGCAGGGACGGCUCCUACCUCAUCGCCGUGGCUGGCAUCACGGAGAUGCUGAGCCAGCUGCUCUCGGGCUGGCUGGCCGACCACAACUGGACCAAGAAGUACCAUUUCCAUGUCACCUACCUGCUCCUCAGCGGGGCCACCAACCUGCUGGGGCCGCUGGCCACCUCCUUCCCGCUGCUGCUGGCCUACACCGUGGCCUCUGCCAUCUUCUGUGGAGGCUUCAUGGCCCUGGUGCUGCCCGUGCUGGUGGAUCUGGUGGGUGUAGAGAAGCUCCACAGCUACCUGGGGUUUGCUGCAUUCUUUGCAGGGCUAGCAGCCAUGGGAGGACCCCCUUUAGCAGGGUGGCUCUAUGACUACACCCAGACCUACGCCUGCUCCUUCCUCUUUGCUGGAGCCUGUGCUCUCAUCUCACCUAUCUCCUUCUUCUUCGAGCCUGCAGCCCAAAAAUGGAAGAUAAAAAAAGCCAAUUUGAACAAGAGCUGAAGUUUUAAAGGCUGGGAUUUGAUCACAUCUACGUGGGAAAGCCAUUGCCUGUACUGGGAAGGAUCAACAGCAGCAACACUGAAAAGUGGAAUUGCUGGAUGUCGGAUUCAGUUUGGAUACCUGGAUAUUUGUCCUGAUUAAAGCCAGCUGAGAAAUGCACAGUGUGAAUUGUAUGGGGAAAUGCAGCCCAUGGUGCCUCUGCUCCUGAGCUGGGUUUUUCUGCCUCUCAGACUGGAUCCUCAGCUCUGUCCUUCCCAGAGCAGAGCUGACUCACUCACCUCGUGGGAUGAGCAGCCAGGGAGCUCCCAGUGCCAGAGCACAGCAGGGAUUUCAGCUCAUUCUGCUCCCGCACAAACAGCUGGCCCUGGGGAGGGGUGCGAGCAGGGACAGGGAGGUCAGGGUGAUCCUUCCACGAGGAUCAGCUGCUCCAGGAGCUCCUCUCUCUGGGGUGGACGCUGCAGUGGGGCCAUUCCACAUCCCAGGCACACUUACUGCCACAGCACAGAGGACCUGGAGGCAAAACCAGUUUUAAUUAAAACCAGAACCAGGACUCCAAAGCCAGAGACCAAACCCACCCCUCCCCAGCUUCCCAACCCUCCAGAGACUCCCAGGGAUUCCAUGCACACACAGAGGCAGCUCCAGUGCUGAGCCUGGAUCCAGCCAGCAUCCCACAGAUUUAAUUAGGAUGGAUAAGACACAACACAGCAGCCUGGACUUUCUUUCCAGUAGUGAAGGUGCAAUUUUUUGAAAUUUGGUAUUUGAAAUUAUUAUGGUAAAAAAUUUGGUAUUUGAAAUUUUUAUGUCAGCCUGAGAUAUUCAUUCCAACCAAUGGCAUUAUCCUUCUUUUUACCUUGCCUUUUUUUAAUUAUUAAGGAGAUUUAAUUAUCCUGUUUUUUUCUUACCCCUUUUAUUCCUCAUCCCUUUAUUUAAUAUUAAGGCAGCAAGAGAGUUGUUUCCCCUAUAGAAACACUCCUUUAAAGUGUGAAACAGGUUAUUUCAAGCCCAAAUGGUCGAUAUUUAAUGAAAAGCUACAGAAUAUUUUAACAGUUUCAAGGAGCUCCAACACUGUCACAGGUAAGAAAGUUCCUCUACAGAUGAUGGGCCAAAUCCAGCAGUUACACAAUUACACAGUGCCAAAGAAACUGUGCUUAAAAGAGAGGAAAAUACAGGGAUUGGGGAAUAUCAGUGCUACAAAACAGU